AUUGUCCCGUUGUGCCGCCGGGCGGGGGGGUUUGCUGCUGCCGCUGCCGCCGCCAUGCCGAUCAACAAGGCUGAGAAGCUGGACAAGCCAGAGAGCUGUGAUAAUGUCAAGGUGGUGGUUCGAUGCCGGCCUCUUAAUGAGCGAGAGAAAGCUACGGGCUACAAAAUGGCAGUCAACGUAGAUGAAAUGAGAGGAACUAUAACUGUUCAUAAAACAGACUCAUCCAACGAGCCUCCCAAGACAUUUACGUUUGACACAGUGUUUGGACCAGAGAGUAAACAGCUGGAUGUCUAUAAUUUAACUGCAAGACCUAUUAUUGACUCUGUCCUGGAAGGAUACAAUGGUACUAUUUUUGCAUAUGGGCAGACUGGAACAGGCAAAACUUUCACCAUGGAAGGGGUCCGAGCAGUUCCUGAGCUUAGAGGCAUCAUUCCCAAUUCCUUUGCCCAUAUAUUUGGUCACAUUGCCAAGGCAGAGGGGGAUACAAGGUUUUUAGUUCGUGUGUCUUACCUAGAAAUUUACAAUGAAGAAGUGCGGGACCUGCUGGGAAAAGACCAGACACAGAGAUUAGAGGUCAAAGAGAGACCUGAUGUGGGAGUUUAUAUCAAAGACCUUUCAGCUUAUGUCGUAAACAAUGCAGAUGAUAUGGACAGAAUCAUGACUCUGGGCCACAAGAACCGUUCUGUUGGUGCCACAAACAUGAACGAGCACAGCUCUCGUUCACACGCCAUCUUCACUAUCACUAUCGAGUGCAGUGAGAAGGGGGUUGAUGGAAACAUGCACGUGCGCAUGGGCAAACUGCAUCUCGUUGAUCUUGCUGGUUCUGAAAGACAGGCGAAAACCGGAGCCACGGGGCAGCGACUGAAGGAAGCUACAAAGAUCAACCUCUCUCUUUCCACACUGGGGAAUGUUAUCUCUGCACUGGUGGAUGGCAAGAGCACCCAUGUGCCCUACCGUAACUCCAAACUUACACGGCUCCUUCAGGAUUCUCUGGGGGGCAACUCCAAAACCAUGAUGUGUGCAAACAUUGGACCAGCAGACUACAACUACGAUGAGACUAUCAGCACUCUCAGGUACGCAAACCGAGCCAAGAACAUAAAGAACAAGGCCAGGAUUAAUGAAGACCCCAAGGAUGCUUUGCUCCGCCAGUUUCAAAAAGAAAUUGAAGAGCUUAAGAAAAAACUGGAAGAAGGGGAAGAGAUAUCUGGUUCUGAGACCAGUGAUUCUGAAGAGGAGGAUGAAGAUGACGAUGGGGAGAUUGGAGAAGAUGGAGAGAAACGGAAGAAGCGGCGGGGCAGUAGCAGCAGCAGUAGUUCAGACUCCACAUGCUCUGUCAUAGAGAAACCUCUGGAUAAGUCCUUCACUAAUCAAGCAGGCAAAAAGAAAGUUUCCCCUGAUAAGAUGGUAGAGAUGCAAGCAAAGAUUGAAGAGGAAAGAAAAGCUCUUGAAACUAAGCUGGAUAUGGAAGAAGAAGAAAGAAACAAAGCCAGAGCUGAGCUGGAGAAGAGAGAAAAAGACUUGCUUAAAGCUCAACAAGAGCACCAGUCCCUGUUGGAGAAACUGUCUGCAUUGGAAAAGAAGGUGAUUGUGGGAGGAGUGGACUUGCUGGCAAAAGCAGAGGAGCAAGAGAAGCUUCUAGAGGAAUCGAAUAUGGAACUGGAAGAGCGAAGGAAGAGAGCAGAACAGCUUCGCAAGGAGCUUGAGGAGAAGGAGCAAGAACGUUUGGACAUUGAGGAGAAGUACACCAGCCUCCAGGAAGAAGCACAAGGGAAAACCAAAAAGCUGAAGAAAGUUUGGACCAUGCUUAUGGCUGCAAAGUCAGAGAUGGCAGAUCUGCAACAAGAGCAUCAGAGAGAGAUUGAAGGAUUACUAGAGAAUAUUCGGCAGCUGAGCAGGGAACUUCGUCUUCAGAUGCUUAUCAUAGACAACUUCAUUCCUCAGGACUACCAGGAAAUGAUUGAAAACUACGUUCACUGGAACGAAGACAUUGGAGAAUGGCAGCUGAAAUGUGUUGCCUAUACAGGAAACAACAUGAGGAAACAGACACCUGUUCUGGAUAAAAAAGAAAAAGAUCCCUUUGAAGUGGACCUUUCCCACGUUUACUUAGCUUACACUGAAGAAAGCUUGAGGCAAUCUCUGAUGAAGCUGGAGAGGCCGAGGACUUCAAAAGGAAGAUCCAGGCCCAAGACGGGUAGAAGAAAACGUUCGGCAAAGCCAGGAACCGUCAUUGACUCUCUGCUGCAGUAGGUGUGACCUGUUCAGAAUUGCUGUAAAAAUCAGUGAGUGUAUAAGAUUUGGCCAGAAUAUGGAAUUCAAGAGAUGGCACAAUUUGACAUGGCUAUAAAAUCCAUGCCUUGCUGGUAUGGAGCUUUAUUUAAAAAAAAAAAAAAAAAAAUGUAUUUUCUCCUUAGUUGCCCAUAUAUUGUAUGUUAUAUUAACAUAAUAUUAACUGGUAUAUAUGAUGGUUGUGAAAUUCCAUGUGUUAAGCGUGUUGUGCAGGGAAGCUCUUUUUGGAAAUCCUUGUUGAAAUGUAUAGAAAAUAAGGGUUCUAGAUGUGUGUUUAAGUGCUAGACAUGUUAGCUCAAAACGGUUGAUGAAAUCCUAAAACUUAAGGCUGGUAAACCUGGUUUAUGCCCUGCUUUGCACAUAACCAGCAGCUUUCACUAUUGUCCUCUGUUGCACUGAUCUGUGUUUGAAUGUGGUUGCUGCAAACCUUUAAGAGCAUCAGACCCUUUUAUUUAAAUAUUCCUCACUGUGGCUGUUAACCUGAUCGGAUUGUGUAUCAAAUACGCAGUCUUUUUCCCUUAAUUUGCUGUCUUGCUGUAUGAAGAAAGUAGUUGGGCAGGGGAAGUGUGAGCCGUAAAAGUCUGAGAUGUCUGGGAAGGGACCAUGCUCUGGUUAAAUGCAACAGAAAACAAAUGUGUUUAGUGCUUUUAUUUUUGUCUGUGUGUGAUUUGCUGACACUGUGGAGAAUGAGGCCUUCGAUGCGAAGGCAAGAAAGAGCUUUGUUUUUUUCUCUUCCUCCUUUUAAGGCUGUGUUGCAGCAUUGAUUUGGCUGCUUUUUAUUCUUCUGAGCUGGAAUUUUUUUGAACGUAUGUGAAUUAUUUUGUAAUCUGAACAGCAGAGAUUAUUUAAGGGGAAUGCUAUAACACUAGGACUUUGCUUCAGCCUUGGGACUGUGAGCAUUAUGGCUCCAUCUUUUCAUCCCUGGCUACAAGGGCACUGGGCCAAUGCCCUGAACUGAGGAUGGAUUUGAUUUUUCCUGUAUUAACAGGCAUGAAUUGCCCAAUGUUCCCAGAACAGUAACAUCCCCUGAAAUAGCUGAUACUGUUUGUGUUCCUGUGUAGACUGUCAUCUUGGGUUUCUGGCUAUGCUCUGAGAGGAAAGUUCUGGUCUCUGAUAAUAACCAUUUAUCUGUGGUGGCUGCUCCUUUUCUUUGAUAUUUAUGCUGCUAAUAGACACAUAUCACUUUAAUACAUUGCUUUUGUGUCACAGAGAAAAUGCAUCUCCUUAAGACUCGGUGUGCUUUGUAAGUUCUGCUGGAGCACAUCAGCUGUAGGCGUCUUAAUGGCUGUAAGUUCCACGUAAUCAUAGUGUUACCUAGGGGUUUAAAAAGCUAGGAUUACGAAUAGGAGAAAUUGGGUCUGUGAGCAUGACAGGAAGGGCAAGACAGCUCCUUAGGUGCCCUGGGUCCUUGCUAGUAGUCAUGUUUGCAACUACCAGAGUGUCCUUGUGAAGUACUUAAGGUAGUUAGAAGUUGAUAGCCCUUUCUUACUGUCGUGGUGCUUAACUGGGUGUACCUUGGGGCUCUGUGACAGGAUCUGCAAUAGUUAAAACUGGUCUUGUAAGGCCAUAUUUUGCUCUGGCGAUAUAUUCAGUGCUAUUUUAAAUGAGUUGUAAGCUUUUCCCUGUUUUUAAAUGAGUUUUUUCAGGAUCAUGACCUAGAACAUACUGCCCUCUGUUUUGGGGGGGAGGGAGUGUCACCUAAGUUCAUGCAAGGUCUGGCUUUGUCACCUAAGUUCAUACCAGAUACAAAUACAAACUACAAACACCAGCAUUUAUUUUCUUUAGCCUAGUGCUUAGAGGUAAAUAAUCAGAAUUUUGGUCGACCUAAGCUGUAGCUGGUUUUGCUUUUGAAGAGCUGACUUUACUUUGAACGUGCUUGGAUAGAGUUGGGUUAUCUUGUGUUACACAGUUGUCAUCCAACAAGACAGACUGAAAAUGGCUUAAGCGCUGUUUUCUCUUAGGCCUUAUGUCAGUUCUGAGUCCAAGCAGAUAGAUGCAUAGUUUUGGCCUGUACUAGUUCUCAGAACCAGGGAAAACUGUUUUAUUUCUCUUUUGUGUUACAUUGUCUUGUGCUAAGAUUUGUUGAAUGAUCUAUUUUAAGGGGGUUUCUCCUGAACUGUGCUUUCAAAAAGACCAGUGAAGUCUUUUACCAGACAGACAUCAGUGGCUUAAAGAUACCACUGUGAACCAUUACACUGCAUUUAAAAUAUUUACAACUGAACUAUAAAGGCUUAUGCUUUAUGAUUUAAUUAAUGUUACAGUCCUGCUGCUGAAAACAACAAUAUUUUACAUAUUUGUGAGCCUUGGGGCAGAGGAAACACUUAAUAAAUAAUUGCUUGCACUCCUUUGUAAUUGGCAGAUUGGAGAGAUUUGUUGUAAUAUCCUGUUUACAGGGGCUUGUAUGACAAAUUAUCUGCUCUUACAAGGGAACUUCAUUUAAAGUGGAACACUUAUGGUCAUGAUGAUCUAUCAGCUUGUCUUACCUUGUAACUGGUGUGUUUGGUUGAAGUUCUGGGAACUUAGUUUUAAAACCAGGGAGUCUGGCCUGCAGGUUUACCAUACGGGCCACCUCUAGCCCUGGACAAUCUGUGAAUGUCUAAAUGGGUCCAUAACAUAUUUUAAUGAGGAAGGGGCUUGGUUUGUAUGGGUUUUUUAAGAGCUUAAUACAGCCAUUCUCAUCCUAGGUCAGUACGUGCUCUAUAGUAUUUAUCAAAAACCAUAUUACCAUAAUAUAUAUAUUGUGAAUGGUCAUCUUUGCAUCUUGCUACCAGAGGAUUCCCCUCAUUCCAGAAAACUGAUUUUAACGCUGAGGUUUUUGAUGCUUUAUGUUGUUUGUUGUGUAAAUUUAUUUCCUAUUUAACUUGUUUCUGAUCCUUUCUUUAAGAGGGGAAGAUGGUCCUUAGUGCCUUUCACUGACUAUACUGUCUGCAUGUGUCCAGCUUUCCCCCUUCUCAACAGCUCUGCUUAGCCAGUCCUGUAUAUAGGAAAAAUUGCUAAUAUGUUUGUAUAAUUUGUCUUCCUAUUUAUUGGUUUUCUAACUCUGUUUAUUUCUGAUUAUUCUUUGUUUUACGAUUAAACUUUUAUUCAUUACAUUGUAUAUAUCAGUAUUGUGCCCCCAGAGCAUGUUCAUACCAGGAAAUAAAAUUCUGGAUUCCUAGUUCCA